CUGAUUAAAAAAUUUAAAUAAAUUAGUGAAAAUAGUGUUGUAAGGUUAAUUUAAUUUAAAAAAAUCUAACUCUAUGGAUAAACGUAAAAAAGUCGUAAAAUGAACUCCAAGGAUUACUAAGACGAAAUUCUUGCUGUCCUCAUUCCAUCUGAAUCGCCAUCUUCUCCAGAACAAAUGAUAACUACAGUGGCAGAACAGGGCGGUGGUGAUACAAACGCAACCCAUUUAACAGCCGAUGAACUUGAUGCUAUUAAUCAGAGUGUAGAGCUACAGUGUAUAGUGCAGGAGCACGUUGAAUAUUCGUUAUACGGUAAUUCCAGUGAAUUUUGUUCGACAUCAUUUGACUCGAUCUUAUGCUGGCCUCGGACACCACGAGGGACAUUAGCUGAAUUGCCCUGCCUUGAUGAGUUUCAAGGGAUUCAAUAUGACAGUACACAAAAUGCCACCCGCUUUUGUUAUCCCAAUGGAACAUGGGAAAAGUACACAAACUAUGACUUCUGUCGUCACCUGCCCGCCCCAUCAUCAGUACCAGAAUUCGACCCAAUCAUCGAGUUGCCAACCAUCAUUUAUUACGUAGGAUAUACCAUCAGUCUGGUGUCUCUGACAUUGGCAGUCAUAGUUUUUAUAUAUUUUAAGGAAUUACGAUGUCUGCGAAACUCCAUUCAUGCGAACUUAUUUUUUACUUAUAUAAUGUCAGGCUUGCUAUGGAUCCUUACAUUGUCUGUGCAGAUUUCGAUGCGAACAGGAUUGGGAGGAUGCAUAGUCCUGGUUACAGUGUUUCAUUUCUUUACUUUGACAAAUUUCUUUUGGAUGCUUGUUGAAGGACUCUACUUAUAUAUGCUGGUCGUUAAGACCUUUUCGGGUGAUAACAUUCGAUUUAAUAUCUAUGCACUUAUAGGAUGGGGUGGACCUGCUGUGUUUGUGACCAUUUGGUCGAUAGCAAAAGGUGUAACAACGUCAUUCACAAAAGCACAGGUGGAUAUUGGAUGUCCAUGGAUGCAUGAAACAGCAGUUGAUUGGAUAUUCCAGGGACCUGUGUGUGUUGUGCUCAUAAUGAAUUUAAUAUUUUUAUUGAGAAUAAUGUGGGUGCUCAUAACGAAAUUGCGGUCUGCAAACACCGUCGAGACCCGGCAAUACCGAAAAGCAGCUAAAGCGCUACUCGUCCUCAUACCUCUGUUUGGUAUUACUUAUCUGGUUGUGCUCGCUGGACCAAAUGAAAAAGGCGUUAUGAGCAAUAUAUUUGCCAUUAUUCGUGCCGUUCUCCUCAGUACGCAGGGAUUCUCAGUUUCGUUGUUUUAUUGUUUCUUAAAUUCAGAAGUUCGAACUGCUUUGAGGCAUUAUAUAUCAAGGUGGCAAGAUGAACGAAAUAUUCGAAUAGGACAGCUGAGGCAGAGUCGGAGAUUUACAACGAAAAGUAUUAGUCAAUCGAAGGACUAUUCCCCAAGAACUAGAACUGAAAGCAUUAGUAUUAGACCGCUCACAACAUAUUACGGCAAAGGAAAAAGAGAAUCAAGUGUCUCCUCAGCAACUACUACUACACUAUUGGGUCAACAUCCGCCAAUGUCCCUGCAACGAGGAUCGAAUGGAGCCCUUCAUAUGCUUCCAUCGCCCCGGGCAAUUAGUCCUUUAAUGAAGCAAGGACUCGAGGAAAAUGCUGUGUAACAAAAGAAAGUAAAUUGUGAAUCACAACUGUAUGGAUCUUCUGGGAAUAUUUAAAUAUAUUAAUAAUAAUUUUUAAUUUGUAACUAUUUGACUGUAAAUGUUUGUAAUUAAGUUUAUUAUAAUAAAUUAAAACCAAAAUGUAUGUAAGUUAAAUUUAAUAAAAUG